AUGCCGCCAAAGAAGAAGAACACCAAGAAAGCCGCAGAUGACUGGGAGGAAGAGCUCGGAGAAACUCCAGCGGCUGCGACUGCGCCAGAGCCAACAGACGAGCCCGCUGAGGCAGAUGCUGAGGAUGAGUUUCCCGCGGGCGGUCUGAUGGCGAUGAUGCGAAAAAAACAGAAGAAGAAGAAGGGAAAGCAGACCGAGGAUUUUGUGGGAGGCGAGGACCCUACCGAAGAAGCACCACCAGACCUUGCUGAGAAGGCGCCUGUCGAGGCUGAUCUCGAUGAUGAGUUUGCCCUGCCUGAUAAGAAGGGGAAGGGAAAAGCUGCGCCGGCAAAAGCAGCGGCGGACGAGGAGGACGAUGAAAGAGGCGCGGAUGGCAAAGUUCUUACCAAGGCCCAGAAAGAAAAAUUGAAGAAAGAGCGUGAGAAGCAGCGGAAGAAGGAGAAUGCUGCGAAGAAGAAGACUGCUGGCCCAGCAGCGAAAGUGGCAGAACCAGUCAAGGAAGUAGUGGAAACGAAAGCCGAUCUUGCUCCUCCAGCUGCUGGUGCAAAGGGGAAGAAACUCUCACCUGCGCUGGCGAAACUCCAAAAACAACAGGAAGAGAUACGAAAACGACAAGAAGAACAAGCAAGGCGGGAAGCCGAAGAGAAGGCCCGAAUCGAGGAAGAGGAACGAAGGGAGGCAGAGGAAGAGAAGCGAAGAGAAGAGGCUAAGGCCCUGAAGAAACAAAAGGAGAAAGAGAAAAUUGAACAGCAGAAGAAAGAUGGUACAUACCUCACCAAAGCUCAGAGGGAGGAGAAGCUCAAGAAUGAAAUGAAAUUGAAACAGAUGGUGGCUGCUGGGCUCAAAGUCGGUAGUGAAGGCAGUGCAGAGAAGAAGAAACCUGUAUAUGACAAUAAGAAGAAGAAAGGCGGCAAAAAGAACCCAGAGGAGAUCAAGGCGGAUGAAGAGAAGGCGCUGGCGGAAGCUGCCGAGCGAGCGAGGAUCGAGGCAGAACGAGUAAUUGCUGAGGCCAAAGCAAAAGCAGAAAAGGAAGCAGCCGAAGCAGCGGCAAGGAAGGCAGCUCAACCGGAUAGUGACUUGGAAGAUUGGGAAGUCGCGGCUGCAGAAUCGGACGACGACCUAAAGGAAAGUUGGGAUGCCGACUCUGAUGAAGAAAGAGAGAAGGCGGCGGCGAAAAAAGCUGCAGCACAACAGAAAGGGAUACCAGUCAGCGGGAAGAAAGAUGAGUCAGAGUCCGAGUCAGAUGAAGAUUCAGAAGAUGACGAAUCAUCUGAAGACGAGGAAGCUACUGCCGCGCAGGCGGCUGCUCUCGCGCGGAAGAAAGAGGCUGCUGAUCGAAGAGAGAAAGCCCACGAAGCUGCAAUGGCUGCGAGAUCCAAAGACAACCUUCGUUCACCUAUUUGCUGUAUUCUUGGCCACGUCGAUACCGGAAAGACAAAGCUGCUCGACAAGAUCCGGCAAACCAAUGUCCAAGAGGGUGAAGCAGGUGGAAUUACGCAACAAAUUGGUGCAACUUACUUUCCUGUAGAAGCGAUCAGAACCAAAACUGCUGUAGUCAAUCGUGACAAUAGCUUUGAUUUCAAAGUCCCUGGUCUGCUGGUUAUCGAUACGCCCGGUCACGAAUCUUUCUCAAAUUUGCGUUCUCGUGGAUCGUCUCUAUGUAAUAUUGCUAUCCUUGUUGUCGAUAUUAUGCACGGAUUGGAGCCUCAAACUCUCGAGUCGAUGAAACUCCUCCGAGACCGAAAAACACCAUUCAUUGUCGCUCUCAACAAGAUCGAUCGUCUUUACGGAUGGAAGAAGGUUGACAAUAAUGGGUUCCAAGAAAGUUUAGCCUUACAGAAUAAGGGCGUACAGAAUGAAUUCGCGAAACGUCUCGCUGAUACAAAGGUCGCUUUCGCCGAACAAGGUUUCAAUUCGGAGCUUUAUUAUGAGAACAAGUCAAUGGCCAAAGUCGUCUCCUUGGUGCCAACCUCAGCACAUACUGGAGAGGGUAUUCCGGACAUGUUGAAGCUUAUCCUCCAACUUACCCAAGAAAAAAUGGUUGGGUCUCUCAUGUAUCUCUCAGAGGUCCAGUGUACUGUUUUGGAAGUUAAAGCCAUCGAAGGAUUCGGAAUGACUAUCGACGUCAUUUUGUCUAACGGUAUUCUUCGAGAGGGUGAUAAGAUUUGCUUGUGUGGUGUUGAUGGCGCUAUCACAACCAACGUAAGAGCACUUCUAACGCCAGCGCCGCUAAAGGAGCUUCGUCUCAAGUCUCAAUAUGUACACAACAAGGAAGUCAAAGCUGCUUUGGGUGUUAAAAUCAGUGCACCAAAUCUUGAAGGUGCCAUUGCUGGCUCGAGGUUAAUGGUGAUUGGGCCGGAUGACGACGAGUCAGAUAUUGAAGCAGAAGUUGAGUCUGAUCUCGGCGCUCUCUUCAGUCGUGUAGAAAAAUCCGGACGUGGUGUCACAGUUCAGGCUUCAACUUUGGGUUCUUUGGAAGCUUUGUUGGAUUUCUUGAAGGUCUCCAAGAUUCCUGUUGCUAACGUUGGUAUUGGUCCUGUCUUCAAGCGAGAUGUUAUGAACUGCGGAACCAUGCUUGAGAAGAACAAGGAGUAUGCCGUCAUGCUCUGCUUUGAUGUUAAGAUUGACAAGGAAGCCCAACAGUACGCUGAUGAACAAGGGAUUAAAAUUUUCACUGCCGACAUCAUUUACCAUCUCUUUGAUGCAUUUACUCAACACAUGGCAGUCAUCGCAGAGAAAAAGAAGGAGGACUCAAAGCUAUUAGCCGUCUUCCCUUGUGUUCUAGCACCUGUUGCGGUUUUCAACAAGGUCGGCCCUAUUUUGGUUGGAGUUGAUGUUGUCGAAGGAAAUCUGCGAAUGCACACACCAAUCGCGGCUGUUCGGUCAAAUCCAGUAACAGGACUAAAGGAGAUCGUCAAGCUUGGCAGAGUUACCUCAAUCGAGCGUGACCACAAACAGCUUCAAAUUUGCAAAAAGGGUCAACCUUCCGUUGCCGUCAAAAUCGAAAUGGGUGCCCAUCAGCCCAGUUACGGACGUCACCUCGAUGAGAAAGACACUCUCUACUCACUAAUCAGCAGACCAAGUAUCGAUACUCUGAAAGAAUUUUACCGAUCGGACGUCUCUAACGAUGAGUGGAAUCUUAUCAAGAAGCUCAAGCCGUUGUUUGAUAUUCCUUAG